AUGGAAACUCAAAGAAAAGUGGAAUGCGACUAUAAUCCUCUCAAGGCAUGUCUUGAAGCAAAUAACAAUGACCGUGCCAAAUGCAUCAAGGAAUGGGACGAAUUUCAACGUGCUUGUCGUGAAAAAAAACAAUUAGCAAAUGACAAGUCUGAUUGUGAAGCAUGUCAAAAGAAAUAA